CUUGUUUGGACCCUACCCGAGGUAAUCCUUCUUGGAUAUCGAUUUGGAAAAUUCCUCUUCGAUCCUUCAGAUUCUUAUAGUAAUCUGCUUGGAAGUCGAUUUGGAUAAAAAUUUACUGCCGCCAUGGCGCCUAAACGCAAAAGAAAGGGGCAAACUCUUGACCCCCCUUCUGAUGAAAUUAAUUUGAGUAAUCAAUUUGAUUUGCUCACGGAUGAUGAGAAUGAUCCAUCAUCCAAGAAAAAUUCUAGUAAACUUUCCCGGCUUAAUGCCAAGAAGGAAAAGAUUCCCCCUAUUGUGAUAACCACUACCGAUUUCCAUGCUCUUCGCAUGGAACUUUUGAAUUUCGUGAAAGUUAAGUUUUCACUACAAAUUGGACGUCGGGGUGAAUGCCGUGUAUUGGCUGAAACCUUGGACGGAUUUAAAUGUCUUCUCAAGUAUCUUACUGAGAAGAAGCACAAAUUUUUUACUUACGACACCAAAACUGAACGUGUGUUCAAGGUUGUCAUGAAAGGACUGCCCAGUGGUGAAUCCCUGGAUCAGAUCAAAGAUGAACUGGCAAAAUUACUUGGAGUUGUGCCACUCCAAGUAAUCAAAAUGAAAAUGAAAUCCCGUCCUGGCGAUUCGCGCAACGGGAUUUCUAAUGAUUUUUAUUUAGUUCACUUCAAGUCUAGUGAACUAAACAACCUUAAGGCCUUAGAAAAAGCUAGCCUUAUGCUCCAUGUCCGAGUGAAGUGGGAACACUUCAGGAAGACUGGAGGAAAUUUUCAAAACCUCACCCAGUGCCGUAAGUGCCAGGGAUGGGGUCACGGAACUAAAAAUUGCUACAUGCCAGCUAAAUGCAUGAAUUGUGGUGAUUCCUCUCACGCAAAGGACGACUGUCCUGUGAAGGAAGAUCCUAAGAAAUUUAAAUGUUCAAAUUGUGGUGAAAACCACAAAUCCAAUUUUUGGGAAUGUAAGACUCGCAAAGCGAUCCUACAAUCUCGUUCUAACCGUCAGGUAGGAAACGCUCCACGUUUCCGACCAGGUACAAAUUCCUCUGCUGUUAACAACGGUCAGCGAGGAACAAAUUCUACAUUCGUACCCGUAGGUACAAAUAUCUCCCCUGCUUCAAAUGUUUCAUCUGUACCUACUCCCCUCGCUGCUAACAAUGUUCAGCGAGUUAAUGGAGCUACCUAUGCUGCUAUUGCAGCGGGUAGAAAUCAAAAUACUAACCAACGUUCUAAUGGAAAUUUUGACAAUUUUGACUUAGGAAGCAUUACUGCCCCCAAAAUGGAAUUUUUACAGAAUUCAUUAAUUGACAUGAUUUCUGAUAUGCUUAAAUCUAACUCCAUGUUUGAUGCUAUUCAAACUGGAGUAAAAUUUGCAAAUAAUAUUGUCAUGACUUUAAAAUUCAGUAAUGGAUUUUAAAGCAUUAAAUAUUGUAAAUUGGAAUGCUCGAUCUCUUAAAGAUAAUGAAGACGAGCUAUUUAACUUUU